CCGUGUAUACAUCAAAAUUCCCCCACACUAAACUGCUCGACUAGGAACGCCCCUUCUAAACACAAUUCGAGCAACAACUUGUAGAUUCGUAUUCGUCAAUAGCGAUACGUGGACAAGUACGAGUAGGGGCUCAGUUAUCAACUGCACGUACACGUUGAUUUCACGGUCACUUUGUAAAUUUGUUCAACACCUUGUACACCUAUUAACCGGCAAAUAUGUCUAACUACCAUAAAUUGGAAGCUAAGGUUAUCCAAGAAUUGAAAGACAUCGCCAAUAAAAUAAGAAUACACUCGAUCAGUUCAACGCAAAUAGCAAAAUCAGGACAUCCGACGUCAUGUUCGUCAAUCGCCGAAAUCUUGUCCGUGCUGUUCUUCAACACCAUGCGCUACAAGGUAUCCGCACCACGCGACCCAUCCAGCGAUAGAUUCGUUCUGUCGAAGGGACACGCCGCUCCUGCGUUGUACGCAGCUUGGGCAGAAGCUGGACUUUUCCCCGUCACCGAUCUUGAAAAACUGAGAAAACUGGGCUCAGAUCUCGAAGGACAUCCCACGCCGAGGCUGAACUUCAUCGAUGUUGGCACCGGUUCGCUCGGCCAGGGCUUGGCCAUUGCCGGUGGAAUGGCCUAUGUUGGCAAAAAUUACGACAAAGCCAAUUACAGAGUUUAUUGCCUUGUCGGUGACGGUGAGAGCGCGGAAGGUUCCAUUUGGGAGUCGGUACAUUUUGCCAGUUACUACAAAUUAGACAAUUUGUGCGUCAUCUUCGACGUUAACCGUCUGGGACAAUCAGAAGCAACAUCUUUGGGUCAUGAUGUUGAAACUUACCGUAAACGACUGGAAGCGUUUGGACUUCACGCCAUCGUCGUGGACGGACACGACAUAGAAGAGUUGGCGAAGGCGUUCCACAGUGCUGCAGUAACGAAGGGCAAGCCUACCGCAAUUGUGGCGAAAACGUUUAAGGGAAAGAACUUCCCUAAAAUCGAAGACUUGGACAACUGGCAUGGAAAACCUCUUGGCGAAAACUCCGAUAAAAUUAUCGCAUAUUUGAGGACAUUGAUUAAAAACCCUGGACCUUUACAAGUUCAUCCUCAGAAACCUCUAAAGGACGAUGCACCAGCAGUAGACAUUACGGGUAUAAAAUUGUCCUCACCUCCUGCUUACAACAUCGGAGACCAAAUUGCUACCAGAGUGGCGUAUGGAACUGGUCUCGUUAAAAUUGCACAGAGCAAUCCCCGCGUUAUUGCGCUCGACGGUGACAUGAAGAAUUCUACUUAUUCAGAGAAACUGAAGAAGUAUGAUCCCACAAGAUACAUCGAAUGUUUCAUUGCCGAACAGAGUUUAGUCGGCACAGCAAUUGGAGCAGCCUGUAGAGACAGGACGGUGCCUUUUGUUUCUACGUUUGCAACCUUCUUUACUAGAGCCUUUGAUCAAAUCCGUAUGGGAGCAAUUUCUCAAACUAACGUUAACUUUGUUGGUUCCCACUGUGGCGUUAGCAUCGGUGAAGACGGACCCAGCCAAAUGGGACUGGAAGACUUGGCCAUGUUCAGAGCCAUUCCCGGCAGUACGGUAUUCUACCCGGCCGAUGCUGUUGCAACCGAACGCGCCGUUGAACUGGCCGCAAACACCAAAGGAGUUACCUUCAUCAGACUUAACAGACCUACUACUCAUGUCAUUUAUCCUAACGACCACGUUUUCCAAGUUGGAAAAGCUGAAGUGGUCAAAUGUUCGCCUAAAGAUCAAGUCGUCAUCAUUGGUGGCGGUGUUACGCUUCAGGAGGCCAUCACGGCUGCCAACGAAUUGCAGGCGUUAGGCAUUGGUGCCAGGGUAAUUGAUCCAUUCACCGUUAAACCAAUUGACAAGGCCACCAUCGUGGAAAACAUUAAAAAUGUCGGAGGAAGGGCCAUCGUUGUUGAGGAUCAUUAUUAUGAGGGCGGCUUAGGAGAAGCCGUAUUAUCAGCGACUGCUUUGGAACGUAACAUCAUUGUCAAGCAUAUUGCUGUGCCAAGAGUUCCCAGAUCUGGUCCGCCAAACAGUCUGCUGGACUACUAUGGCCUUUCGGCUAAACAUAUUGUGACAGCUGCGCAAGAAAUUUUGAAGCUUUAAUGGCCAACUAACUAACUAACUAACUAACUAUUGUAAUAUUCUUGACCAUUUCAUUCCAUUUUGUAAAAAACAAUUCAACGAAAUAUAAAUAAUUUAUGUUUUUGAUGGAAAUACAUUUUUUAAUUUC